CAUCUUUUUGAAACCAUGGAAGAGAGAUUCGAACACAAACCCAACAAUCUUCUUUUGGAACGGUCUUCUCCCACUCUCUCUAUAUGGAACGUCUGAAGAGUCAAAGUUGCUCUAUUUUAUAACCAGAGAACAAAGAUGAACAAAGCAUACGGUAUGCAUUCCUCAUGUCCUCUAGACCCUUAAUGAUCUACAAAGUUACACUGUCAAAAUGGAAAACCAUGCCAACUUCAAGUAGAGCUGUCAAUUGGGCCAUUUGGAUUCGGGUUCGUCCGAUUUUUUCGGGUCUAUAUAUAUCGGGUUCGAAUCAGGCCGGGAUGGAUCGGGAUUCAGAUCGGAUUGGGAUGGACCUGUCCGCAUAAAUCUUUUUGUAAAUCUUAUUUUUUUAAAUAUCAGAUUUUUUGGACCGGUCGGAUUCGAAUUCGAAAUCCGAUUCAAAUCCGGUUCAAAAGUCCGAUUUUUUCAGACCUAAUCUGAAGUCUGUUAAUUUUCGAAUUGGACCGGAUUGGGUGUGAGACCUCGGUCCCAAAUUGACACACCUAGCUUUAAGGAUUGGUGUGGAUCGUUUAAACACGAGUUUCUUUGGACGUCCAUCGAGGUUGGGUUUUGGGCUUAAGAAAAGCUCAGAAGUCGGGCUUUCCCCGAAGCUGUCAUUGAUUUUAUAUUAAAUAAUUUUAAAAAAUGGGGAAAAUGCACGAAAUCCGAAUCUGCCAUACACUACAAAAGACCAGUUUUACAAUUUAUAAUGAUUCCAUAUUUGAAAACAAAAUCAGAAAUAUAAAAUAAAUAAACAAAAAGAAAGCAAGAAGCCUCGUAUAUAACACCAUCUCUUUCUCCUCUCUUUCCGACUUUUCAACUCCCACUCUCUCUCUCUCUCUCGCCGCGUCUGUAUUUUUUUUUUUUUGAUAAAGCUGUAUUCCGAAUUCUCAUCUACGUUAGCUGAAGAUUCGAGGAGAGUGACGUCGAUGACCAAGGCUUCCUCUGCGGAGAUGGUGGUGGCGAAGGACGACUGGGUAACAGCGGCGAUGACGGACAACCAGAUGGUGGUGGAGCUUCUGUUACGGCUCAACCAGGCAAAGACGAUGACGGCGGAUAGUCAGCCUCUGCUCCUUCCUCCUUCACGUUGGGGUGUUCGUCAGCGGCGGUCGCGGUCCUCGAGAUUCGCCGGAUGUUCGGUGAAGAAAGAGGCGGACUCCGUCAGAGGCAGUCCCGUGACUCCGCUGUCGUGGAGCGGUGGAUCCAGAAGCGGAGGUUGCUCCGCCGAUGGUUUCGAGGAGACCAGCCGUCAAGCGAGCUGCUCCACAUCUGCAACAGGAUCUGGAUCCAAGGCUCUACCGGCGAAUGAAAUCACCAGUUCCCUCUCCAAUAGAUCGAAGAAAACGAAGACGUUUUCGGAACUUAAACACGAAGAAACCUUCCUGUUGAAGGAAAGAUUCAGUCUGGAGAAUGAGAUAGCGACUAUGAGAACCACUAUAACGGAACAAAGCGCAAGGAAUGAGAACUUGAAGCGGAUCAAGCUCGAUUUGAACUCGGAUUGUGCUAGACCCGCCAUCCAACAUUAUCCGGUCAGCAAAUCGGAUCUCUACCCGCGAAAACACGAGAAUUGUCUUGUCGAAGAAGAAGGAGAAGAAGCCGUUUCAGAUGGAUGCAGAGGGGGCAAAACUGGAUGUUGCGAGGGAGGUUUGUUCUUACUACCAGAUCUGAACACGACACCUCCGGAAGAUGAUGCCUGUACGGAGACAUUGUACGGCACGAGCUAAUGUGUAGCUUCCUCGUAUGUUAUAGACUGGAGAGAUCACAUCUCAGGUGCAUUUGUAAGGUCUCUCUCUCUCUCUCUCUCUCUCUCUCGUCUGUUACCAUUCUCUAUUGUUAUUGUUUUUUAUUUUUUUGUAUUCUUUGUAGUCAAAGAGGAGUAGGAAUUGUUGUUAGGGAAUUAGGACAAACUACUGAGACUUUUUUUUUGGCCGUAAAGGCCUUCCUGAAUCCUUGAUUUAUCCUGAUUUAAAUGUUUUUUUACUAAUUGUAUAAUAUAAUUAAAUCUAAGAUUUUGAUUUUCGAUAA